AUGAGUCGCCUCUCCCGCAUCUGCGGUUUUAGCGGGGUUAGCGCGGUGAAUGCGAUCAGCGAGUUGUUCCGGCCGCAGGCUCCGCACGGUGGAAGGAGAAAAGUCUUGUACUUUUUAAACCUUGGGAAAUUUCAUGUGUACGAGCAGUUGCUCCUAGAGGAGUGUCUCUAUCGAAUGAGUAGCCUUCUCAGCCAGGGCCAAAACAACGUCGGCUUUGUUCUCAUCAAUGAUACAUAUUCCAGUGCGAAGGAGCAACAAGGCAAAGAUGGAUUAACUUCAUCAGAGAACAAGUGUGUGGUUUUUGGCAUCAGUGGGAAAGUAUCAAAUUUUAUAAAGGAUGUUAACUACAUUGGUAAAAAUAAUAUUGCACUCAUUAGGAGAUACACAGGAGGGGGCACGGUGUACAUUAACAACAAUUGUCUUAUGUUCAGCUUAAUACUGCCAUUACAUUUUGCAGAGGAAAGGCAGUUGUAUCCUUGCAACGUGACAGAAUGGGUUUUCAAUUCAUUUUAUCAUCCCGUCUUUAACUCUCCAUCUGGGGAGGAAGAAAAGGAAGAAGAAGAAAAAAAAAAAAAAAAAAAAAAAAAUUCCAACAAAUUCUACCAUCACGAAAACGAUUAUGUACAUCACUCUUACGAUCAUGUGAAAGAUGAAAUUAUUAUGAGAAAGGUUGGAGGAAACGCACAAGCCUUUUCUAAAAAUUAUUUUGUCCACCAUACAUCCUUCCUGUGGUCAUGUGAUUACGAUGAAAUGGAAAGAGUUAUUGUUAACCCUUCGAAGCAACCUCAAUACAGAAAUAAAAGAAAUCACAGAGACUUUUUAACCUCCAUGGAGGAAUGCCUACCUGGUCGUGGAAACACCCCAAUGGGGCUCAUUGGAAAAUUCGUCUCAAACAUACGAAGGUUAAUUAAUCAACGGAAUGAUAAAAAUAAUUACUCCUUAUGGCAGUUUAAUGAAAUCCAUUUGGGUAUCCAUGGGAAUUCUCCAAUUGCUGAAGGUGCUCAGAUCUUUGAUCAAGUACACACGGUGGAUGUAGACAUUUGGAAGAAGCUUUUCCGUUCCUUCAGUAGCAGCGAGGAGACGAAGAAUCUUCGGUCGACGCGUUUGUUGGAUCCCCUUGGGAAGGUGAUAUCCGACGAUGCCUUCUGCGAGCCCUCCUUCAUUUUGCGGUGA